CUCGGUCCGUUUCGAGGCCCGAAUAUUCAUUGCGAUUUGGCUCGCAUACACUCGCAGCCACCGGCGAGCAGACUCCACCUUGCUUUUCCUCCACCGCCGCAUCGCCAGCUUCCUCCGCUUUUUCCCCUACUACCCGUCGGCACCCUGAUGGCCGAAGAUCCAACCAAGGCGGCGAAGGAGGUGUACUCCGUGUGGGCCCUUCCGCCGGAUGACGUCAGGGACCGGAUCAAGCGCAUCAUGGCUGCCCUCCGCUCCGAGUUCGGCGGCCCUGCGUUCGAGCCCCACAUCACCGUCGUCGGCGCCAUCUCCCUCGCCCCCGACGAUGCCCUCUGCAGGUUCCGAUCCGCCUGCGCCGCUCUCUCUCGUUACCCUGCCCGUGUCUCCGCCGCCGCCCGCGGCACCUUCUUCUACCAGUGCGUCUUUCUCCUCGUCGACCCUACCCCCGAGGUGGUCGCGACCAAAUCCCACUCCUGCAUCCACUUCAGAUACGAGAAUUCAACGCCGUAUAUGCCGCAUUUGAGUCUCUUGUACGCGGAUCUGCCGGACGAGGUGAAGGAGAAGGCUCGGUUGAGGGUGGAAGAGCUGGACAAGGAGAUCACCGGCAUCAACUUCGAGGUCGCAGCGCUCGCGCUCUACAGGACGGACACGGAAGACAAGAGCUUGGAAUCGUGGGAGCCAGUGGAGGUCUACCAGCUGCCCCCAAAUCCCAAGUAAACUCCUCCGUUCCAUUUCACUCAUAAACGGUUCUUAGUAUGCAUACAAUCUGCUCGACCAAUGGCCACAAUGAACUGCAAUAAGCUUUUGAAUACUUUCUGCAAUGCUUCUACCCAAAAUACUUAUUUGUUACUGAAUUUCUAAAUCUGUUUGGCGAUAACAAUGCUAUAAAAUUGCAAUCUAUAAAUCUGUUUGGGUCACAAUAAA